UGAGAGAGAGAGAGAGAGCGAGAGAGAGGUAAGUCAGAUCACAAUGCCUCUGCACCUUCUCACUCAAACUCACUCUCACUCUCUCUCUGAGAGCUGAGAGAAGAGUUUAUGACAGUAGAGUUUAUGCUUCUGCCUUCAUACAUCCAGCAAAAAUGAGGAACCUCAUCAAAGAAGCUCUUUCAGACUUCUUCUUCGAGUAUGAGACCCCUAGGCAGGUGCUGGUGAGAAACGCGAAAGUGGGUAUUGCCUGCAGGAUCCUCCAGUUGGGGGUGCUGGCUUACAUUAUCGGAUGGGUGUUCAUCUAUGAGAAAGGCUACCAGAUUGAAGACACAGCUAUAAGCUCAGUUUUCACUAAGAUGAAAGGAAUAGCUUACACUGAUAUUAAUGGAGCAGAGAGGCUUUGGGAUGUAGCCGAUUAUGUUUUCCCUGAUCAGGGCGUGUCGUCUUUUGUUGUGAUGACAAAUUUCAUCAUGACUGUGGGCCAGUCACAAGACAAAUGCCCAGAGCUGCCGGACGGAACUAACAACUGCACUACGGAUGCAGAUUGCAAGAAGGGCCAAUAUAAACGUACAGGCAAUGAGAGCUACGAGACAGACGCGACCAUUCAGCCCUUUGAAGAAGAAGUAGGCAAUGAGAGAGGGCGCAUGACGGGGAAUUGCAUUAACCAAACUACUUGUGAGAUCCUAAGCUGGUGUCCUGUACAAGAUGACCGGUUGAUACCAAAUCCUCCACUUUUGGCAGCAGCUGAGAAUUUCACACUGUUCAUCAAAAACUCCAUCUCCUUCCCUGAUUUUGGUGUAGUGAGAAGUAACCUAGUGGAAAAGGUGGAUUCAAAUUACCUCAAAACCUGCCUGUUUGACCCGGCUAAGCAUCCACUGUGUCCCAUCUUCAGACUCGGAGACAUCGUCAGCCUCUCUGGCUUCAGGUUCUCAGAGAUAGCUCAAGUGGGCGGAUCAAUAGGAAUACUCAUUGAAUGGGAGUGUAAUCUGGACCUUCGUAUUGAAAAAUGCAUACCCAAGUACAGAUUUGAAGGCCUCUACGGAAACAGUUCGCAAGCGUCAGUGGGCUACAAUUUCAGAACGGCAAAAUAUUACACAGAGGACAGAAUCCAAAAGAGAACACUCAUGAAGGUGUUUGGCCUAUACAUUGAGAUCAUCGUUCAUGGACAGGCAAGAAAAUUUGACAUCAUCCCAACACUGACAGCCAUAGGGUCAGGAGUGGGAAUCUUUGGAGUGGCCACCGUCGUGUGUGAUGUGGUUCUUCUGUAUUUCGUGCCAAAGAAGGAUUUCUAUAAAACCCUGAAAUUCAAAUCCACACCAGUGGAGGAUGAGGAACCGGAAUCGGUGACGAUGGACCAAGCAAAGGAGGCAACACAAGAAAAAUGAAAUGAGGCAUUUGAAAAAGCCUAUCUGCACUGAAAUUCAGAAAGAAAAUACACAUAUACUGAGCUCACAGCACUGGACCAGGAGGAACGCCUGCUCUGCCUGAGAGACCUGCUAAUGAACUAACACACACAAAAACAUCACUGCUCCUGCAUUCAGCUCUGUGCAAAGAAACUAACUGUAACAUUUAAAUAAAUACAGGAUGUCAGAAAUGUCAUAAUAACGAAUAGGAAUAUGUUGAGCAAGUUUGUUGAUCUGCAUAGAGCUUAAUGCGUAGAGCUUAAGGGUGAACAUGUAGAGCAUAUGUGGUAGUUGGUAUACACCCUAUAUUGCACACUACACAAUUUGUAGCCCUAAUUUUUGUCAGAGAAUUUUUUUUUAACCAGAAAGGUCAUUCCUGUGUUAUUGACUUCUUUUAGCUAACUAUGCUUCAAACAAACAUUUUUUUUUGCACAUUUCACACACACUUUCAUGAACAGCUUUACCCUGUUCAGGGUAUCCGGUGAAUCCGAAGCCUAUCCUUGUAACACUGGGCGCAAGGGCUGAACCAUAUCAAACAUUACAAAUACAGUGUUUAUUUCAAAUCCAUUUUACUUACAGAGGAUAAGCUGAAAUGUCUGUAUAAAGCACACACCUUACAGCUGAUAUUAACACAGGCAGAACACAGACUAAAACAGCUGAGUGGAAUUAGAGUUUCACCACACCAAAGUUGAUUAUUUUCUUAUAAACACAUGUCCGAAUAUGUUUUAUUCCUCAACAAUUUUUAUUUAUUAAAGAAUGACACAUUUUUUUCAUUUA